GAGAGAGAGAGAGUGAGGGCGCCACCUGUGUUGUUGUUACUCUGCCAGUCAUCAUGUCCGGCACCAGUUAUGAUCGUGCUAUCACUGUUUUCAGCCCUGAUGGUCACUUAUUUCAAGUUGAAUAUGCCCAGGAGGCCGUCAAGAAGGGCUCGACGGCUGUGGGUGUGAAGGGCAAGGAUGUAGUGGUUCUGUGCGUUGAAAAGAAGUCUGUCCCAAAGCUGCAAGAAGAACGCACUGUAAGAAAAAUAUGCCUCCUUGAUGACCAUGUACUCAUGGCCUUUGCAGGACUGACUGCUGAUGCUCGUAUCCUAGUAAACAGAGCUCGUGUGGAGUGCCAAUCUCACAAACUUACUGUGGAAGAUCCUGUCACUUUAGAAUACAUUACCAGAUUCAUAGCUACCUUAAAACAACGUUACACACAAAGCAAUGGACGCCGACCGUUCGGUACAUCUUGUUUAAUUGCUGGCUUUGAUAUGGAUGGAACUCCUCAUCUGUAUUUAACAGAUCCCUCAGGCACUUACACAGAAUGGAUGGCAAAUGCUACUGGUCGAAGUGCUAAAACAGUCCGGGAGUUUUUAGAAAAGCAUUACACAGAUGAAGCCGUUUCUACAGAGGAAGGAGCCAUUAAGUUAGUGGUGCGAGCCCUUCUUGAAGUGGUUCAGUCAGGAGCAAAGAAUGUGGAGGUAGCCAUCAUGAAACCUAAUGAACCAAUGAAGAUGCUGGAUAUAGGCAGUCUGGAAAAAAUUGUAGCAGAAAUUGAAAAGGAGAAGGAAGAAGAAGCAGAGAAAAAGAAGCAGAAGAAGUAAACAAAUUUUCUAGUGCUCUAGUACAUUUAAUUUUUGUCACAUGCUGUUCUUUCAUUUUGUUAUAUUACAGUGAUUACUAAAAUGAGGUGUUUCUCAUUUUCCAGUAAAGGGACACUAUA